AUGCUUCCAUUAUAUUUAUUAACGGCAGCGAAAAAUAAACCAAUAUUAAUUGAAUUAAAAUCUGGAGAAACUUAUAAUGGGAAUUUAACCAAUUGUGAUUCAUGGAUGAAUUUAACCUUACAUAAUGUUAUACAAACCGAUUCCCGAGGUGAGAAAUUUAUGAAAAUUCCCGAAAUAUAUAUUCGUGGUAUACAUAUUAAAUAUUUAAGAAUUCCUGAUGAUAUUAUGGGAUAUGCAAAAGAACAAAGUAUGAUAAAUAUGGAAAAUAGAAAUCGAUACCAAAAAAGAAGAGGUACUAGCAGUGGUGGUGGUGGUGGUGGUGGUGGUGGAAGUGGUGAUUCAAGAAGGUUUAAUAAUAGACAACUGCAUGGACAUAAUUAUGGACGUAGAUGA